GCGAAUGGGCCUGCAGUGGAACUGGGAAGACCGGAGCCCGGAACAGUCCAGACCUGUGAGUGUUGUUUCUGGGUACAACCAGUUCACACGUGGGCCAAAGACCAGUGAGAGUGGCUCUUAUUUCACUCCUCAGUUUAAACAGCCGCCGUCCUUGAAUAGGGCCCAAAUAUUCACCGGAGGGCGGGGGAGGGGUGACACCACCCAGCAGGACUGUCUGACACGGGUGUCAGGGUAAAACAGAACGGCCUAAGACGGGGAAUGAUACGCAGGGAGCCUUCAUACUGAUCAUCAUCCGCAGACUGGACAUUCGUCUCAGACUUUUUCGUUGGUUUUCAGCGAAACAGUGUGCGCUACCGACACCCAAGAUGACUGAAAAUGGAUUAGGGCACCGGGAGAAAGUGCUUAACAUGAACACUAUGAACCCGAAUGUUAAACGAGUGGAGUAUGCUGUCCGGGGUCCAAUUGUGCAACGUGCUGUGCAGAUUGAAAAGGAGCUCAAAGAGGGAGUGAAGAAGCCCUUCUCAGAAGUUAUUAAAGCCAAUAUUGGCGACGCCCAUGCCAUGGGUCAGAAACCAAUCACAUUUUUCCGACAGGUUGUGGCACUGUGCGCGUACCCGGACCUCCUAGAAGACAACAAGUUUCCGGAUGACGCUAAAAACCGAGCACGGCGCAUCCUUCAGUCCUGUGGAGGGGGAAGUUUAGGUGCGUACAGUGCCAGUACGGGGAUCGAGGUCAUCCGACAGGACGUUGCUAGGUACAUUGAGAAGAGGGAUGGCGGAAUCCCCAGCAACCCGGACAACAUCUACCUCUCCACGGGGGCCAGUGAUGCUAUAGUGACUAUGCUGAAGCUGUUGACGUCCGGGGAGGGGAAAACCCGUUCGGGGGUGAUGAUCUCCAUCCCUCAGUACCCCCUCUACUCUGCCGCACUGGCGGAGCUGGCGGCUGUCCAGAUCUCAUACUACCUGGAUGAGGACAAGUGCUGGGGCCUGGACGUCAGUGAGCUGAGGAGGGCUGUGGAGGCCGCCAGGGAACACUGUAAGCCCCGUGCCCUCUGCAUCAUCAACCCUGGCAACCCCACAGGUCAGGUCCAGAGCAGGCAGUGCAUUGAAGAUGUGAUCCGAUUCGCUGCAGAGGAGCGCCUUUUCCUGAUGGCCGAUGAGGUGUACCAGGACAACGUGUAUGCAGAGGGUUGCCAGUUCCACUCCUUUAAGAAGGUUCUGUUUGAGAUGGGACCAGAGUACUCCAACACGGUGGAGCUGGCCUCCUUCCACUCCACCUCUAAAUGCUACAUGGGAGAGUGUGGUUUCAGGGGGGGCUACAUGGAGGUGAUUAACAUGGACCCUCAGGUGAAGCUGCAGCUGACCAAGCUGGUGUCCGUGCGGCUGUGCCCCCCCAUCCCUGGGCAGGUCCUCCUGGACCUGGUGGUCAACCCCCCCCGGCCAGAUGAGCCUUCCUACGCCACAUUCAUCAAGGAACGUACCGCUAACUUGGAAAUCUUGGCCGAGAAGGCCAAGUUGACCGAGCAGAUUUUCAACACCGUCUCAGGUAUCCGCUGUAACCCCGUCCAGGGAGCCAUGUACACCUUCCCCCGCCUCACGCUACCAGAGAAAGCUAUCGCUGCAGCCAAGGAGAAGGGCCAGGCUCCAGACAUGUUCUACUGUAUGAAGCUGUUGGAGGAGACUGGCAUCUGCCUGGUCCCCGGGAGUGGCUUUGGACAGAGGGAUGGAACGCACCACUUUAGGAUGACCAUCUUGCCUGCAACUGAGAAGUUGAAGAUAGUAUUGGAAAAUAUCAGGGCGUUCCAUAAACGGUUUACAGAAGAGUUCUCCUAACAACCAAUCAGCAAUUGUCUUCAUGGUCUGGGCGGAGCCAGAGCCCCAUCACUGCUCGUCAGACACUCUAUAGAGUGUGAAAAUAUGUUGAAAAUAUGCCAGUAUGUCUUUAAGUGCCACUAUGUUGUUGGACCAGUUCAACACACCUGUUUGACUCCAUCUAGUGUCCAAAACUUAACAUUACAAGAGAAGCAUUGUCUUAUGAAAGUAGCACAGAACAUGGGCUGUUCUGUCUGAACAAAUUGUUUUACUUGUGUGUCAGACAGUAUCUGAGCUGUGUGUUAACCAUAUAAAUAGACUAGGCUCAAUGACUUCAAAUGCCUGUUGUAUUAAUUAUAUUUCUAUGGCAAAAACACUGCUAAA